CAGUGUUGAAGUCUGCUUAGGCACUCACUUUGAUGGGAAAAAAAUGCUCAGAAAAGAACUGCCAUACCAUUAAAAAACCUUCAAACUAGAUCCGUCAAAAUCAAUGUACUGCUCAGUGCACUGUUGAAUUCUUCCACAGCCACAAACAUUGACGUGGGGUUGUUGCCUGAGCCAUGGGUAAGUCCAGGGGUCAGGUUGGCUCUUGCUUUUGGCCCCUUCGAUAACAUCUACCGUUCAAAUGGAAAGAAGAAAAUAAUUUCAUUCCCCUUAGUUAAGUAAGUAGGUCACUACAUUGGAAAACAGAACACUCCAAGGCUCUACUCCAGGCUCAAGGUUCUAUACAAUUUAACCGGGGAUCGUUCAAGUCAGCGGAGAUGGAACACGUCAGCAAGGAACCGACCACCGUCUGCCACGUUUUGGCUGUGCCUUUCCCCUCUCGAGGACACAUCAACCCCAUGAUGAACCUCUGCAAGUCAUUACUCUCCAAAAAUAGGGACAUUCUCGUAACCUUUGUUGUCAGCGAGGAGUGGUUCGGCUUCAUCGGCUCGGAGCCCAAACCUGACAACAUUCGCUUCGGUACGAUCCCCAAUGACUUCACCUCCGAGCUGGACCGCUCCGGGAACUACUCCCCUGACUUCUUUGAAGAAGUUCUGAGGAAGAUGGAAGCUCCCGUGGAGCAACUCAUCGAUCGGCUUGAACCGCCUGUUACCACCAUCGUUUAUGAUACUUAUCUGACGUUUGCCGUUAGGGUGGGGAACAGAAGGAAAAUUCCGCUAGCAUCGUUUUGGACCAUGCCGGCUUUGGUAUAUUCCGUUUUCCAUCAUUUUGAUCUCCUGGUCCAGAACCGACACUUCCCCAUUAAUUUGUUAGUUCUUAUGAUGAUUUUGACAGAACAGGGAGAGGAGCGUGUUGAUUGUAUCCCUGGAAUUUCUUCAAUUCGGAAAGUAGACCUUCCCACUUGCCUGUAUGGAAAAGGUCUAGACGUCUUGCAUCGAGGCCUGGAAGCAGUUUCGGGCGUGUCCAAAGUGCAAUAUCUACUGCUUGUUUCAGUAUACGAGCUGGAAUCUCAUAUCAUUGAUGCUUUGAAAGAACAAAUCUCAACUCCAAUCUAUCACAUCGGCCCUCCCAUUCCUUACUUCAAACUGGAAGACAAUUCCGGGGUGAAUCCUAGUGACAACAGUUACUUCCAGUGGCUAGAUUCACAACCUGAAAGUUCUGUUUUGUAUGUUUCACAAGGAAGUUUGCAUUCAGCUACGAGUGCCCAACUGGAUGAGAUUGCAGCUGGGUUGCGCAUCAGCGGGGUUAGAUACUUUUGGGUUGCACGCAAGGAGACUCCUCGUUUCAAAGAUGAAUGCGGUGAAAAGGGUUUGAUAGUGCCCUGGUGUGACCAAUUGAGAGUACUGUGUCAUCCUUCCAUCGGGGGGUUUUGGUCACAUUGUGGGUGGAAUUCCACUUCAGAAGCCAUUUUUGCGGGUGUUCCUAUGCUUACUUUUCCAAUUUAUUGGGAUCAAACUCCAAACAGUAAGCAAAUCGUAGAAGAUUGGAAGAUCGGCUGGAGGGUGAAGAACAAGUUGGAAGCACACAGUUUGGUGCCAAGAGAAGAAAUCGCAGGGAUUGUCCGGAGGUUUAUGAGUUUGGAAAGCGAAGAGGGGAAAGAAAUGAGGAAAAGAGCAAAGAAACUCAGCCAGGUUUGUCGACAAGCAGUUCAAAAGGGAGGAUCAUCAGAUACCGAUGUGCAAGCCUUUGUUAAUGACAUUUCACAAUGCCGCAAAUAACAAUUGAGCAGAUGGAAUAAGUGUCUGACUUCGUUAAUCACAUUUCAUUAGCUAGAAAUUUCAGAAGAAUUGAUCUAUUUUCAAAGAAAUGCAAUAGAUAAGAAUUGAAGAUCAUCCAGGAAUACUCUUCUUUUCUUGUCCUUUUUCCCUCUCUAAUGUUUCCUAGCAUUCAUGUCUAUCGCUCUUGAGUAUUAAUAGCUACUGACAUGUAGGUCAGCAACUUAGAUGCUGGUCCAAUCCUUCUGAAAA